GGUACUUCAUACUCCGAAGUCCGAACUUUUAUUUCCGGAAAUAGUUUCCAUUAGAUGGACGGAUUACUUUUCGGUUGCACUCCGUGCACAGACCCAACGUAUUUUGAUUAUGUGAAAUAACCCCCAAGACCCACACCCUUAUAAAGUAUCGUCUGUUCAAAUUCACCGCGCGAAUCUUGUUCUCUUACUCUACCUUGUCUCAAUUUCUCUCAAUGCCAUGAAACUCCUCUCUUCAAUUUCAAUUUCUCUAUGAACAGAAACCAGAAAACAGAAUGAAUUCAUGCAAAUUUCUCGCCUUCGUGUUAGGGUUUGUUCUUUGCGUGAGUACUUGUACUUCCGGAGAAUCGUCGACAUGUUUGACGGUGUACAAAGAAGGCGGUGCACCUGCCGUAUUUCAAUCUCCAAAAUGCCCUCGCUGGAAACUUCCAGAUCAUGGUUCCGAAUCCAAAUCGCCGAAUGCGAGGUGCCAAACAGCCUUGCAUCAAGGUCGCCGCAAGUCUCAAGAAGAUCGAAUUCUCUGUGCUCUCGAUAUUCGCAUCCCUUUCCCCGGUGUUAAAGGUAUUACUGAGGUUACAGUUGGUGUUGUCGCAGUAUUUGAUGGUCAUAAUGGUGCUGAAGCAAGUGAAAUGGCAUCAAAGCUAUUACUGCAGUAUUUCACACUGCACACAUUUUUUCUUCUUGAUGCAACAUUUUCAGUUCUUUCAAGGAAAAUGAUUGGACUCUUGCCAAAUGAAAGAGGACAGAGUACUCUGAACUGGAAUCCGGAUGAGUUGAACUUGGGGAGGCUCAAGCUGACUGUGUCUUCAAUCAUUGAUCGAUCUUUUCACUUGGAAAUAUUGAGGGAGGCAUUGCUAAGGGCAAUUGAUGAUAUUGAUUCUGCAUUUUCAAGGGAUGCAUUUAGACACAAUUUUGAUUCUGGCUCUACCGCCACAGUUAUACUUAUGGCAGAAAAUCAAAUUUUAGUUGCAAAUAUCGGAGAUUCAAAGGCAUUUUUAUGUUCUGAAGAAUAUAAAUCUCAAGAAGAGGCUAAAGCUAAUUUAUUGAGGUUAUAUAGGCAAACAAGAGGCUUUGGGGUUUUCGAACCUGUGAAGAACUUCAAUAGCUUCAAGUUGGCAGCUUCUGACCAGUGGCCUUUUCUGAUUUCCAAGGAAUUGACUAGAGACCACCACCCAGAUAGGGAUGACGAGAGGUCUCGAGUGGAGACUGCAGGAGGACAUGUCUCUGAAUGGAGUGGCGUAGCUAGGGUUAAUGGUCAAUUGGCUGUUUCAAGAGCAAUAGGUGAUGUAUCUUUUAAAAGUUAUGGCGUUAUAUCCGUACCUGAGGUCACCGAUUGGCAACCUUUGACAGCCAAUGACAGCUAUUUGGUGGCUGCUUCUGAUGGCGUUUUUGAAAAGCUUAGCUCACAGGAUAUUUGUGACAUAUUGUGGAAUUUACAUGCUGAUUUCACUGUGCGAUCGGAACUCACUUAUUCAUGUUCAUAUUCCUUAGCUGAUUGCAUAGUAAGUGCUGCUUUUGAAAAGGGAAGUAUGGACAACAUGGCAGCUGUUGUCCUUCCAUUUAGAUUGAAUGGUUCAUUGCAAAGGUUGGCGAAGAAAACACAUGCAGGAAUGAGAAAAUUCGAUUGCUCAUCUUCAGGGGAUAGCAAUUAUAUUUCUCAACAUUCAGUGCUUACUGAGGAGGAGCAUGGUCAUCCUCUUGUUUCCAAUUUUGGCAGAUUAUUGGUUGAAGGAAAACACAGCAAUUAUGGAUGUUUCUAUCUAUCUGAGAGCCUCGAUGUUAACGAUGAGUAUACAUUCUGGGUUCAGAAGGACAUCCAUGAAUAUGAACAUGAGCUCCUUCAUGCUUUACCUGAUAGCAUUGGUCAGAAUCCAGGUGGAGCUUUGGAUUUAUAUAAUGAUCAGCACAUGUGUGUUCAUUUUGGGAUGAACUUUAGUGAGAACAAGGACCAGUGCAUUAAUCCUGAAGGCUUUGCUAGGUUCCUUGGUUUGCUUGAAUCUAUUCCGUUCAAUGAUAGCAGUACAAAUGAUCAUGCCAGAGUAGAUUCAAGGUACAUUCUAAAGAAGAAAUAUGAUCGUGGAUCAUAUGGUGAAGUUUGGCUAGCUUUUUACUGGAAUUGUUCUCAUGUCAUCAAGUCUUCAAAAAGUAACAAUUUCUCAGCUAAUAUUACGGAUAGAGGGGCGAAUAAUGAAAGAAGGAAGGAUUCAUCAUCUGCUGAUGUCUGUGAUGAUGGCCCUUCUGAAGGAAGCAUGUUCAUUUUGAAGCGUAUCAUGGUGGAGAAAGGCACCUCUGUCUAUUUAAGUGGGCUAAGGGAGAAAUAUUUUGGUGAAAUUUUCUUGAAUGCUUAUACUGUUCUUGGAGGUUCAUUGCGAGCUGAAGAAUCAAAGUCCCUCUUGUUAAAUAUACGACCAGAUUUUCAUGAUCCUGUGGAAAGAAAUUCAGCAGUGGAUCUAGGGAUCCAGGGCUCCUUGAAGUUCGAUAAAGUAUAUGGUAAAAAGAAGGAAACGCUGAGAGCUGCUCCUGAGGAGGGUCUUAAUCACAUUGCCAGAUAUGUCGAGUCUUUUGAGUCUCGAUCCAAUGAUAUAUGGCUUGUGUUUCGCCAUGAAGGGAUAUCCUUAUCAAAGCUUCUCUAUACUGCUGAAGAAGUGAUAAAUAAUUCGGAGGAAGGAAAUGAAAAUAUAAAGCAUAUUCAGAUAUUGCAUCCUUCAAAAUGGUGGAAGUGGUUGAAAACAACAGAAGCAGGGCAAGAGGAAAUGCGUAAUCUGAUUUGGCAACUGUUGAUGGCACUUAAAUCUUGUCAUGAUCGUAAUAUCACCCAUAGAGAUAUAAAACCUGAGAAUAUGGUCGUUUGCUUUGAGGAUCAAGAUUCUGGGAGGUGCUUGAAAGGGCAUCCAAAUGAAGAUGAGAAUUAUAUAACUAAGAUGCGUAUUAUUGACUUUGGUAGCGCAGUGGAUGAUUUCACAUUGAAGCACUUGUAUGGGUCUAUUGGGCCUUCAAGAGCUGAACAAACUUAUGAAUAUACUCCACCUGAAGCUCUUUUGAAUGCCAGUUGGUAUCAAGGGCUGACUCUCACUAGUAUGAAGUAUGUCAGGUAUGACAUGUGGAGUGUUGGUGUAGUGAUCUUAGAACUGGUUUUGGGUACUCCAGACGUGUUUCAGGUGAGUUCUAGGACGCGUGCUCUUUUAGAUCAGCACCUAGAGGAUUGGAACGAAAGCUUGAAGGAGCUAGCUUACAAGCUUAGAUCUUUCAUGGAAAUGUGUAUUCUGAGCCCUGGAGUUACCUCAAAACUUCAUCAAACUAGAGCAAAAUAUGACCAGGCCUCAGUUUCACCAGCUCCGUGGAAAUGCUCUGAAGAGUUCUUUUCUCGUCAAAUAAAAAACAGGGAUCCUCUGAAGAUAGGGUUCCCAAACAUAUGGGCACUGCGACUAGUACGUGAAUUAUUACAAUGGAAUCCUGAAGAUCGACCUAGUGUCGAUGAGGCUCUAAAACACCCAUACUUCUCGCAAAGGUAAUCAGAAAUACCAGGCGGGACAACUGUUCCGGUAUGAACAACUAAAAGGCAACAAAACCUGCUCACCUGUACUUACCCGGCGGUUUGUGAUUUGAAUGCUCGUGGCCAUCCACAUGUCGAUGUCAAUUCUCUCUUUCUUGAAAUGGCUUUAUGGGAUGCUGUGGCUCACACUGCAGUCAAGGUUAUUUCGUUGAAUUUAUUGUCUGGUGGGUAAGCUGGAUGAAUUAGGGAAGUUGGCAGCAAAGAAUGAAGAACUGGGAGAAAUUUGAUCUUUCUUCACUUCUUGCCUCUACAAUGAAGCACACAAUUUCAUGUAACCAAUAUCAAAAUAUCUUUUUUUUUUAUAAAAAAUUUAUCUCAGGAGGAUAAGCAUGUCAUAUCUUUUACCAUUUAGGCUGUAUAUACGGAUAAUGUAAAGUAUUCACAAUAUCAAUGUAUCAGUGUAGUUUAACCAGUUGUA